AUGCCAGCCAGUUCUACCUCUCCUCCUCCGUCUCCAUCUCCGGCAUCCGCCUCUCCCUCACCCGCGUCGUCACCUUCGACCUCGCCAACAACGACUCCGUCGCCGACUCCUUUAACGGUGCCACCGUCCUCUUGGAGCACGUCGUCUCACAGCGCCACUCCCAGACCUUCUCCUGGAACCCCUGACCGGCGAGAAGCGCGGAUUCACUCUCCGCAUCCGGAAGAACGAAAAAUCCUUAAUCCUCGACUCCUACCUCGAUUACAUUAUGGAGCGGGCGGUGGAGAUUCGCCUCAAGAAUUAGGAUCGGCUGCUAUACACGAAUUCUCGACGCGAAUCUCUGGACGCGAGGGGACAUCCGUGGGAGUCGGUCCCAUUCAAUCGGGUGCUUCUAAAUUAAAUUUUAGGGGUUUUGUUUUUCUAAUUCAUUGA